CGAUGCCGUCGCGACAGUGACGCCUCUCUGCUCCCUUCGCUUCGCCCACAGAGACACAGUGCUUUCUCCCUCUCGAACCUUCCGCCUCCUUCUAGAACCUUCCACUCCCGCUCCUCGUCCGGGCAAGGAGGUGCCGCCUCCCUCCGCCUCGCCGGAGAUGGCGACGAUGGAGAACGUGAUCGUGCUCGUGAACCGCAUCCAGCGAGCCUGCACCGUCCUCGGGGACCACGGCGGCGGCGACGGCACCGCCUCCCUCCCCACGCUGUGGGAGGCGCUCCCUUCCGUCGCCGUCGUCGGUGGCCAGAGUUCCGGCAAGUCAUCGGUGCUGGAGAGCAUCGUGGGCCGCGACUUCCUGCCUAGGGGCUCAGGUAUCGUGACGAGAAGGCCGCUGGUUUUGCAGCUGCACAAGACGGAGGACGGGGUGCAGGAGUACGCUGAGUUCUUGCAUAUGCCCAAGCGCCGGUUCAACGAUUUUGCUCUUGUGCGGAAGGAAAUUCAAGAUGAAACUGAUAGGCUGACAGGGAAGACUAAACAAAUAUCACCUGUUCCAAUUCAUCUCAGCAUUUACUCACCACAUGUGGUCAACUUGACAUUGAUUGAUCUGCCGGGUCUAACUAAAGUUGCAGUAGAAGGACAGCCUGAAAGCAUUGUCCAGGAUAUUGAAAAUAUGGUGCGCUCAUAUGUUGACAAGCCAAACUGCAUCAUACUUGCUAUAUCUCCUGCCAAUCAAGAUAUAGCAACAUCUGAUGCUAUUAAGCUUGCUCGAGAUGUUGAUCCAACUGGUGAAAGGACAUUUGGUGUGUUGACUAAGCUUGAUUUGAUGGACAAGGGAACAAAUGCACUUGAUGUUCUCGAAGGAAGAUCGUACAGACUGCAGCAUCCAUGGGUCGGGAUUGUUAAUCGUUCACAAGCAGAUAUCAAUAAGAAUAUUGAUAUGAUUAUUGCCAGGCGAAAAGAACAGGAGUUCUUUGCUUCUAGUCCUGAAUAUUCUCAUUUAUCAAGCAGGAUGGGUUCAGAAUAUCUUGCCAAACUUCUUUCACAGCACUUAGAGGCUGUGAUCAGGGCACGUAUUCCAAGCAUUACAUCUCUGAUCAACAAAACUAUUGAUGAACUUGAAUCUGAGAUGGAUCACAUUGGUAGACCUAUUGCCUCUGAUGCUGGGGCUCAACUAUACCUCGUGUUGGAGCUUUGCCGUGCAUUUGAGAAAAUAUUUAGAGAACAUCUUGAUGGAGGACGGCCUGGAGGUGAUCGAAUUUAUGGUGUCUUUGAUAACCAACUCCCCUCUGCUCUGCGGAAGCUUCCAUUUGACCGCUACCUCUCUCUGCAAAAUGUUAAGCGUGUUAUCUCAGAAGCUGAUGGUUAUCAACCUCAUUUAAUUGCUCCUGAGCAAGGGUACCGCCGACUGAUUGAAUCUGCUCUCAAUUAUUUUAGAGGGCCAGCUGAAGCUUCUGUAGAUGCUGUGCAUUAUGUUUUGAAAGAGCUGGUAAGGAAAUCCAUCGGUGAGACCCAGGAAUUGAAAAGGUUUCCCACUCUUCAAGCGGAGCUUGCGGCUGCAUGCUUUCAUGCCCUAGAGAGAUUCCGUGAAGAUGGACGUAAAACCACUGUACGACUGGUUGAUAUGGAGUCAGCAUACUUGACAGUGGAGUUCUUCCGCAAGCUUCCACAGGAAGUGGACAAGACUGGAACUGGGAACCCUUCCACUCCUUCUGUUGAUCGUUAUGCUGACGCGCACUUCAGGAGGAUUGCUUCCAAUGUGUCCUCAUACAUUGGCAUGGUAUCUGAUACAUUGAAGAAUACUAUCCCCAAAGCUGUUGUUCAUUGUCAAGUCAGGGAAGCUAAGCGUUCCUUGCUUAACUAUUUCUAUACCCAAGUGGGCAGGAAAGAUGCUAAGCAGCUUGCGCAACUCCUUGAUGAGGAUCCUGCUCUUAUGGAGCGAAGGCAGCAGUGCUUUAAGAGGCUUGAGUUAUACAAGUCUGCCAGGGAUGAGAUCGAUGCUGUGUCAUGGUCACGUUAAAGGGCAAGUACAACGGGUCGGCGAGACCCGUCGACAUGCACUGUUUUUUUUGCGAAACCCCUCUCCCCCACGGCGCUCGCUUCGGCCCAUCCGUCGUCUCGUUCGUCGACGAGGCCAGCGCGUGCUCCCAGGCGACGCGACGGCGAUGAAGCCCGUUGUACGACGCGAUGCGGGGAGGCGACGGAGGCGCGGGAUCAGCUCUCUCGCGCGCGGAACAGGUUCGCGCCUUCCUCGCCCGCCAAAAUCUCUCUCGCGCGCGUUGAAAUAGCCCCCUCCCCCCUGCGUUCCCCAUCCAACCCUAUUUCGAUCUGGCCACCAUGUCGCGGCAGGCACGGAAGGAGGCGGCGGCGGCGGCGCAAGAUAUGCUGAAGUUGGAUGUGGCUUGGAUGCGCAAGCCAGCUGCAUUGCAAUCUCGAAAGGAUGCGGCGGCGCCGAUGCGGAAGGCCCAGGGAGGGAGGAGCUCGGGCGGCGUCGAUGGUGCCGGAGCAGAGCAGUUCAGGGUUGGCGGCGCGUGUGCCAGAGCACCGGAGUUCGGGAUAUGGCACGGCUAGUCCACCACCAAGCUCCUUCACCGACUGCAGCUCCUUCUUCUAAGAUCAUUUCAUAUAUAAAUAUAUAUAAUUAUUAUAUACAUGUUUAUUUUACAAGUCAUGCGGAAUAUUUAAAUGUACUGUGCAUUGUCUUAGGUAUGCAACAAAAUGACUACAAAGAUCAAUUAUACACUAGAUCAUCAUGAUUUGUGUCAAAGGAUGAAUUAAACACUCACAGACAGCCAAACCAACAACCCAUUGUAUAAGCUGUCUGUUUGUGUAAAAAGACAGCAAGCUGUCUACACGGUUGUACUUGCCCAUAGCAUAUACGGGUUACUGUAGCAUUUAUGGUUAAUUAUGGACUAAUUAGGCUUAAAAGAUUCGUCUCGCGAUUUCUCCCUAACUAUGUAAUUAGUUUUUUAAUCUAUAUUUAAUGCACGGAUAAUACUCUACAUAUGUGUUCAAAGAUUCGAUGUGAUAUUUUUUUGGGAAAAAAUUUGGGAACUAACCCAGACCUUACUGCUACGUCACUCGCAUGUGAUGCCUCUAGCGACAAGUACCAGUAGUAGUAGCAGCGAGUAGGUAAAUUAGAGCAACUCCCUGUGCAUCUCUGGUUAAUCUGUUCCCUUUUUUUUUUCAAUAUCUUGUUUUGCUGGUGAUGGUUUGUUGGUUCAUUGGUUGUGUGCUGCUGCUUCUGCUGCGGCGCUGUUAUACGGAUGCUGGAUACAGUAUAUUGCAGGCCAACCAUUCCGGGAAGGCCUGAACUCAUAUAAACAAGUACAGUACAUUAUCUUAAACUAUAGUUGUUGCACAUGCGAUCCUGUGCUAAAAUGAGCACAGAGAGAGAGAGAGAGAGAGAGAGAGAGAGAGAGAGAGAGAGAGAGAGAUGAGCCCUUGUGUUGGCCACAUGCCGGGCACAGGGAUGAGAAUGAGAUGCCCGCACGCUUCCAAUGCUGCCGCGCGGAUGUCGUUGUUCGCAUGUCGCGUUGCGUUGCCGGUUUGCACUGUGCAGGGGAGGGAGGGCAUGAAUCGAUGAUCUGUGUGACCCUGUCGCCUGUCGGCGUCUCCCGGUCAUCCGCUCCUUCCUCCCAAUAUUGAAUCCUUCUUCCUCUCGCCGUCGCCGGCUCGUUCUUGUUCACGGUCAAAUCAGGCAGGAGUGUGUGUGUUGUUGCAUGGUGUUUUCUGGCCAACAUCCCAAUUGGCCGCUAGAAGCUUCGGUAUGCAACUCCCUCCGACUGUUUGGUGGCGCAACUUUUCACUGCACCGUGUAGGCGUGUACCAUGUUCUUGUUAUCGCGUAUGGCAAAUUGGCAACUGCUCUUGUGAUAUUUCUGGUGCCGGAAUGGAUCAACCAUCUUUGUAACUAACUGUACCAGCAGUGGCGCGUAAUUGCAUAGCAGGAGGCGCCCUUGGCUGCAUACGGCCUGUGAGACGUAGUACUACAG